AUGGUUGGUCUACCGGCCCGUGGUAAAACGUACAUAUCGAAGAAGCUCUGUCGAUAUCUGAAUUGGAUCGGCAUCAAAACCAGAGUGUUCAACGUGGGUGAAUAUCGUCGCACUGAAGCAAAUGCUGCUGAUGCCAUACACGGAGCGAAUGCUUCGUUCUUCUCCCCAAACAAUGCCGCUGCUCUCAAAGUACGAACGUUACGUUGCUUCUUCAUUGAGUCCGUAUGUGACGAUGAACGUAUUAUUGACAGUAACAUAACAGACGUGAAGGUGAACUCGCCCGACUACAAAGGAUUGAUGUCUGCUGAACAAGCGAAAGAGGAUUUCUUGAAGCGAAUUGAAAACUAUAAGCAACAGUAUCAACCAAUAGAUGAGGUGGAGGAUGAAGCGCUCAGUUUCAUAAAGGUUAUCAAUGCCGGUCGUUCCUUUUUUGUACAUAAUGUCCAAGGCCAUGUUCAAAGUCGUGUUGUUUACUUUUUGAUGAAUAUUCAUCUCCUGCCACGAAGUAUUUUCCUCACCAGGCAUGGUCAAAGCGAAUAUAACGCGAUGGGACGCCUUGGCGGUGAUUCCCCGUUAACUGCCUGA